AUGGCUGCGAUUCGAGUGGUGAUCCAUGGCGCAACCGGCAAGAUGGGCGUCGAAACCGUCGCCGCCGUCUGCCGCGAAAGUGAUAUGGAGCUGGUCGGGGCCGUGUGCCGCACCGAUCGAGGCGGCGUGCUGUCCACGCCCUCCGGCGACGUCCCGCUGUCAACCGAUCUGUCACAGAUCCUGGACGACACCCGCCCCGACGCCAUGGUGGACUUCACCAACUCCGGCGUCUGCAUGGAGGCGUCUCACAUAGCCGCUGCCCGCAAGGUCAACCUGGUGCUGGGUUCCAGCGGCCUUAACGCGGACCACCACGCGCAGUUGGACGCCCUCGCCAACGACAACGGCGUGGGCAUCAUUGUUGCGCCCAAUUUCGCUCUUGGGGCCAUCGUGCUGAAAAAGCUGGCGGAACAGGCCGCGCCCUUCUUCGACUACGUCGACAUCGUGGAAUCCCACCACGAGAUGAAGAUCGACGCACCCUCCGGCUUCUCACUGGCCCUGGCCAACAGCCUGGCCGAGCAGAAGCAGUUCUCCCGCAAUGUGACGGAGAAAGAGAACCUGCCCGAGACGCGUGGCGGCAACGUCAACGGCGUCACUGUACACAGCGUUCGCCUUCCCGGGAGGAGCGCCCACCACGAGGUGGUCUUCGGCGCCGCCGGCCAGACCGUCACCCUGCGCCACGACACCCUGGGCCGCGACUGCUACAUGCCCGGCGUAGUCCGCUGCAUCCGCGAGGCCAACGCCCGCCCCGGCCUGGUGGUGGGCCUUGAGAAGGUCCUCGGCCUUUAG